CAUGGUAAAAAAGGGAGUGCGCUUCCGUACAGCCACACCUAGCAACACACUACUAUGGGACAUCACCCUUGACACAGGCCCAGAUGGAAGUGCUGGAGUAAUCUGUCAGAGAAAGUCAUCUAUGAACGUGAAAAGAUUAAACAAACUUCAAGCAGUUCUUCAGGUGGAUUUUGAAGUGGAGGAUGUCAGUAGUCAAUCAGAGAUUCAGGUGAUUAAGUGGGAGUUGACACUUCCAGACGAAGUCAAAAUGAUGGGGGCAUCUGAAGGCACCAUGAGGAUCUACACCACUCAGAGGGACUUUGUGGGCCUGGCUCCUCUAGUUAUGGACACAGAGCUGUUGAACACUGCUGUGCUGACUGGUAAGAGGGUUACGGUGGGAGUACGAACCAUUGCUGUGGAACAAGAUGGUUCUGUAACAGAUGUCUCUGAGUUUGCUGACUGCAGCUCCACAGAUGAAGAUGUUCUUAAGGUGUCCGACAGAUGCGACUUUGUUUAUGUGAAUGGAAAAAAAACCCAGGGGCGACUGCGGAUGCUGGUGAACUUCACCUACAGUUACCUGAGCACUCAGCUGGAGAUGAAGGUGUGGUUCCCUCGUCUGCCGCUGGAUAUAGAGGUGUCUGAUACAGAGCUUAGUCAGAUCAAAAGCUGGAGGAUCCCCAUCCUGUCCACCAAAAGCAAACCAGGCUGGAGCAGUGAGGAAGAGCGUAAGGGCCGGGGUUGUAUGCUGCAGUUCCAGCAUGCUCUGGUACGAGUCCUCACACACUUUGUGGCAGAGCAGUCAGACCCUCGGGAACCACAGGCCUUCUUCCUGGGCUCAGAUUGGCAGGUGGAUGUGACCAGGCUGGUGCGGUACUUCCUGAAGGUGGAGGACACUAAUAUUGCCCGUCUGCAGGCAGGAAGGGUUCUGUCAGGACAAGAUGUGGGCACCACGUCUGUAAAGGUCCUUUCCCCGCUGUCAGAUUCUAUCCUGGCUGAGAAAACGGUGAGGGUUGUGGAUGAUCGAGUGACCAUCACUGAACUGGGCCUGCAGUUGGUCAGUGGUCUCACACUCAACCUGCAGCUCAGCACAGGAAGUAACAGAGUCAUCAGUGCCACAGCAACCACACAGGAAGUGCUCAGCAAUCCUAAACAGAAGGCAAUGUUGAGCUCCUGGCUACAAUUUAGCGAUGGCUCCCUCACCCCACUGGACAUUUAUGAUCCUACUCACUACCGCCUGGCUGUGACAUCACUGGAUGAGGGUGUGAUCUCUGUGCAGGACUCAUCUAUGACUGUUGUGGCAGAAGGUGAAGGCCAAGGAACGCUGGUGAGAGCCGAGAUGACCAUUUGUGAGGUCUGUCAGAAAUCCAAGCGCAAAAGCACUUUAGCUGUAGGCACUGGGAGCUUAACGGUAAAGUUCCAGACAAACAGCAAACGUCCUGAAAACAGCAGCAUCAACAAUAAUGACACGGGAAACAGCACAGGACUAUUUGCUGGUGUCACUGGGGAAAAAUAA